GAGUAGGUGAUGUUCAAUUUCUAAAAGUAGAAACGUAUAUGAAGGAUGAUAACCACUUAGAUCAGGAAACAUUUACCGAAUCCUUAACAACCGUGGAAAAAAUUAUAUCCAAACAAUUUAAAAGAGUGGUAACAGAAGUUCCUGGUUCUAAAAAAUGGAUUUCUGGAGCAAAUGUCAUUAGACGCUUAGCUAUAAAAUGUGGAGCUAAACACCCUCAACUUCUCACCUCCACGCGAUUUAGAAAACAUAUUGCUACGACUUUGCAAUUAAUGACAAUGCAGCCGCAUGAAAUAGAGCAAGUAGUAACCUUUAUGGGGCACACGCGAAAAACUCAUGCUCAGUUUUAUAGGUUGCCUCAAGACAUUUUUCAGACUGUUAAAGUCGCAAAAGUUCUCCUUUUGCUAGAAAAAGGGAAAGGAAAAGUGUUUAAAGGAAAAUGCUUAAGUGAAAUUGAAAUUGAAGAAGAAGCUUCUAUUUUAGAAUCUAGUGACGAAGACGCACCAACUAAAAAACAUACUGAAUCAUCAAUUACACAAAUAAAUCAGAAACCUCAAUCAUCUGGACAAAUAUAUAACGCACCAACAUUUAUUAUGUCUUCAGAAGACAUACAACAAACUAAUCACGAAACCGAAAAAACUAAUUGUGCAAGAGACGUUUUACACGUACCGGAAAAAUCAUCUCAAAAUAAAGGUCGCGUUAAAUGGAACAGCAAAGAGAAAAAGUUAGUAUUGAACUAUUUUAAAAGUCAUUUAGAAGAAAAAAUAACUCCCAAGAAACACGAGUGCGAAGAGUAUGUUGCCAAAUAUCGGAAUAAUAUAACAAUUACUGAGUGGAUAAAGAUAAAAACUUUGGUUUAUAAUACUUUUAGAUACAAAGUGAUCAACAAUUGAAACAAAAAUUGUCUUUCACCUUAAGAUAAAUAAACCUGUAUUCAACGAAUUUGAUUUUCAUUAAUUUUACGUUAAUUGCUGCAAUCCAAUCCGAAUGUCAGUGAGUAAACAAUUUCUUCUUUCGCCAAAAUUAGUAUAUCAAAAGUUAAUGAUGAUGAGACUAAUAUGCAAAAUGAUUUAUUAAUGUUUUUUUUUCAAUGCCACUAAAAAAUAAAAAUUGAUCAUAUUUUUUCAUUUUAUCUAAUGACGACGAAUAAUUUUUGAUUUCAUCGAAAUCAUAACAUCACUUUUGAUGAGCCAACUCCGUUAAAGCACGCGCGCUAAAAAAGCGCUCCUGACGAAAUUAAAUGUGUAUCGGAAUGAAUAUAAAUUCAACCCAAAGAAAUUGGCAAUGUUGCCGUUUUUCCUGGCUUUGCAGAAGCGAGGACAUCUAUAUACAUCGGGCGAUCCAAAUAUACACGUGUAUAUUUGGAAGCACCACCUGGUGGCG